CUUGUUUUUAUGCUGUAAUAGCAACACCUGUUCACAUGAUUUUCUGCACUUAAAUCAUGCACAAGCCGUCCAGAUUUUAAGUUCAUUUAGGUACAGCAUUUCUUGCUUAAAGGCUUUCCAUUUCUACCCAAUUUUGACUUGUUUUUUGUAUUGUUUCUGCUGUUGUUUUUGCCAGAAUUUCUACUAGUGUCUAGUAUAGUUUUGGACUUGGUUUUCCACAAUUUUUUUGACUUGGUUUUGCCCAGCAAAUUUGCUUGGUAAAUCUGCCUUUGUAGUGUCCUUUUAAGAGCUGUUUUAAAAACAGUAGAGGUGAUCGGGAUGUGUAGGAAGAAGUUGCUUCCUCGUUUAGGAAACUUGAUUUUGGGUUAGGAACCAAAUUAGUUAAUGAAUAUGUUGUAAUCUUUUUGUACUUUGAUGUGGUAUAGGUUGGAAAUCCCGUCAACAACUGUGAUUCUUUAAUUUCUUGCUAGUGUCUAUUUACAAGGCGAGGUAUGUAAAAGUAUAGUAAUACCUUUGGAUUUUAGGUAAAGGUUUUUAAAAGCAUAUUUAUGAUGGUUUUUUUUUUGAAAUGGUGGCGGAAACCCAUUUUACACAAACACAAGCAUGAUUGGUUUGAAAUGAAAUUAUUAUCAUUUUCAUUGAGUAUGCCUACUUGGAGUUUACUUGACUGCCCUGAUGAUCUGGAAAUUAUUUGUAAAUUAUGGUUUUCCUAUUAAAUCUUGCUUGGUUUUGUCUCCAAUAUAGUCAUGUUUUAUUGUACCCGCUAGUGAGAGGUUUAUAAACGCUAGCACAUGUCGACAUGUUACUUAUGGAACCGGUUCAUUCUUGUUAUACCUGUUAUCUUGCUAGUGGGAUUAUACACUAAUAAAUCUUGUGCCCGCUAGUGGGAGGUUUAUAAAUGUUGGCCAUGACCUAUUGAGAAGACGUCUAUUUCAUUCCCAUACUUGUACUGGUUUUUCUUGAUACUUGAUUACACUUAUUGGCAUGUUAUAACUUUAAUUAAGGGCAAUCCAUAUUUUACUUACUGAGAUAUCUCACAUAGUUUUUCCUUGUCCACCAUUUUAGAUUGUGUGACUCGAGUGAUUUGUAACCAAGGGGAGUGACGAGUUAGAAAGCUAGCCAUUGUAUUUUGGACGUAGAUUUUGAGUUGUAGAUUAUUCUUUGUAAGUUAGAUUUUAUUUUGAAAUAUUGAUCUAAGUUUAUGUGGACUGUUAGUAAUGAAUUUAGCAAGUUCCGAGCCUUGUGCAUUUGUGGGAUCCUCUUACAAGUGCACGGCAUCUAUUUUGCUUUUGGUUUUGGGGCAUGACACCAAAACUAUUAUGGCAAAUAUUGUAAAUUUAUUAGCAUUUUGAUCAUAUUUUUCAAUUGAAAAUAUUUACAACAAAUUUACAAAAAUAUCCACCUUCGUUUUAUUUCAAUUAGUUAUUUUGAUUGAAAUAUUUGCUAGGUGAAAAUUACUAUAUAUCUUAUUUUAGUCAUGGUAACUGACCGAAAAACAUGUAAUACAAAUUACUAGGAAUA